AUGCAUCUCAGCGGCAAUGGCGAGCUGGUUCAGGUCAAUUGCAACUACAAGGACGCUACCAUUGACGCUCGACCGGACCUAGUCACUCACGAUGCCUCUGUGCAGACCGACGAACCUGACCUCGCCUCACCUGAGCAUCUCAAGCGUUCAUACAUCAAACUACAGCGCAAGUACGAGGCUCUCGACAAGCAAUUUAGGACCGCAAAAGAUGCUAUCGCGACAGCCAAGUCCGAAAGAAGCGGAUGGAGGCGCUACGCCGAGCAACUCGAGCGGAGCAUCUACCACGCCCAGAAUGCCCACGGCAUCGAAAUUGCUGUCCUGCCACUGCCAGGCACAGUCAAUCAUGAACGAUCGGAUGCUCCGAAAGAAAAAUCUGCCGUGCGCGGUAGCAGUGUUCAGUCUGCAGAUCAGAACCUGGAUGAGCAUAGUCUGCUCCCCAGUACAGUGCCAGGGACCUCUCCUCAAUCUCACUCGGAUCAGGCCGUGUCACAGACACAUGACUCUACCGCGUCCACCCAGGAUGGCUCCGAGCAGGAUAUCCAUACAGAUCUUCCGCGAUUGCCAGAAGACAGCAACGUGGCCCCGGUCACGAUCAAGCAAGAGAUCUCAUCAGACACUCCAGUCUUUGUGGCUGAGAAGGUCCUGCGAAAACGGAGCAGGAUGGAAGAGGCCCAGCCCAUAGCUCAUGCCAUCAAGUCCGAACCCAGCGAGUCGGGAUCGAGCCCACUGGUCAGCCUGCACCAUUGCAGCUUCGUCCCGCAGGAAAGCUUCGACCUCGACGCAACAGCUCAACUUGUGGAUACACCUCGAAAACGCAGGCACCUGCGGAUCAUACCUCUGACGCCUGUGGAUGUGAAUAGACGAAUGCAGAAAUCGGAUCCUGCUGCAUCCACCGAGAAGCGGAUGAAGAAAGGCCUCAGCGACGGCAUAGGAAGCCUCGCCGAGGAUAGCGGCGGGUACAGACCAGAUGGCAGGGACAGAGCGCAGAUGCCAGAGGCGAUUAAGGGUCGCCUCGACAGUCUGCUAAACAGUCCAUCGCCAGCUCCGCAGUCAGCCUCGAUCUUACGCCCGAUUCGCCGAGCAAAGGACAUUCAGGGACUGCCCAACGACGAACUUGGCAUUCCAAAACCACGAGCGUUGCCAUUUGACCAGUCUGGACGAGCUACCCCCAAGCGCCCCAGUGACGUUCUGACACCCCAGUCAACGCGGACACCUCUGGCCGAGACGACCAACAACUCUAUACUGCACAACAGACAGCGGCCAAAGGGAAGCUUGCGCACCAAGAAGGUCGCCGAUCUACAGUUGGACGACUUUAGGAUCAACCCAAAGUCCAAUGAAGGCCUUGACUACGCCUUUUCAGAUGUUGUCCGUAACAAGGAUGAAAGAGCGUGUUUGCAGGGCUGCGUGGCAGACGAUUGCUGUGGGCCCCAGUUUCGCGGGUUGGCACGAGCAGAACGACCCAAGGAGCCACUUACCGGGCUCCAGCGUCAGGAGGAGCAGAAGCUAUUGGAGGAAUAUCUCGGAGACGACGCCUGGAAGAUCGGGCAAAUGGGCCCUGAAGAGCGUCUGAAGACAUGGAUAGAGGCAAAGGCGCGAGAAUUGUCCAACAGGAUCGGGACGCACAAGGCCCGCUUCACUCGUGUACGCUCGCCGCCAGGGUUCUGGGAAACCGACUUUCCAACGACGCAACAGCGCGAAGAUGAGAAAGCGGAAGCCCAAAGGCGAGAGCGGCACAAGGUUGAGGAACGACGUAGAGAAGCUAUGCGCCCCGGCGGCGUCUGGGUUUUUAGGGACGAGCUGGCGAAGUAA